CGAUAUGGCUCAUCGGUCGGUUGGUUCCCGGCGUCUUACGUCCAGGAGAUUUUACCAGAGAAAGUAACAACUGUGGGAGCCGUUGCAAGUAAUUACAACACGAUCGAACUGGCUGGGACGGUAAUUGAACGGGUAACUGAUGGCGAAAAACAGAAUGUCAUUAAAAUUUCCCAUAGCGCUCAGCAAUGGACUGGACAGCAAUGGCUUCUGGCAGCCAGAUCCAUCGAAGAAGCGGAUGAUUGGCAAAAUCAGCUGUGGGAUUUGACACGUUCGGUGAACAAUAAGAUCAGUGUACUUCGAACAAAAGAAAAAAGUGCACGAAUCGCUGCCGAAUUAUCAAACCUCGUGGUGUAUUGUCAAGCGGUACCGUUUGAUGCAGCUCACGUUCGUACAGGAUCUUUCUAUGAAAUGUGCUCAUUUGUGGAAAAUAAGCUGGACAAGUUAUUGGAAAGGGGUUUGGUUACGUUCAAUAUUCGUCAGUUGUCACGGGUCUAUCCCCAUGGCUCACGGAUCACUUCUGCAAACUACAAUCCUGUACCGAUGUGGAAUGCCAGUUGCCACAUGGUUGCGUUGAAUUAUCAAACGGGUGACAAAGCAAUGCAACUAAAUCAGGGAAAAUUCAUGGCCAACGGCAGGUGUGGAUAUGUACUGAAACCGGAGUACAUGCUUGACGAGGGUUUUGACCCGCUCCAUGGCGAAACUACGCUCGGUUCGACCAUCAUUCGUUUGACCGUCCAAGUUAUAGCUGGACGUCAUCUUUCCCGUCGUGAUAAACACAAAGGAAUAUGUUCGCCUUUUGUCGAAGUCGAAUUAAUUGGUUUGCCUUGUGAUGAGAGGUCUUACAAGACGAGAACUAUCGCGUCGAACGGGCUCAAUCCCAUUUGGAAUCAAACAUUCGUGUUUGAAGUGACCUGUCCUGAAAUGGCGUUAUUGAGAUUCAGUGUGGAGGAUGGCGAUUUUGUCGGUCCCAAAACGGACCCAUUUAUAGGACAAGCCGUCUUCCCACUGGACUGUAUUCGCACCGGUCACUACCAUCGGCACCUAACGGAAUACCGGCAUCCACAGAUAGGGAAAAGAAGCGAGGAAAAUGGAGUUUCCCAGGAUUUCGUUUUAGAAGCAAAGAUAAAGAUCAUAAUUAAUGUAAAUUGGCCCAUAUUAUCUCUGUGGAAGCAUAUAAUACAUAGAUGUUGUAAACCCCAUCGCACUGAGCUUCUUUUAUUCCCUCACAAAAUAACACUGUUCCCAAUAGAAAUUGUGAUUUUCUGCCAUUCCCCGAGUGCCUCGUUAUUGAUCUAG